AGCGCAUAUCAUGCUCGGAUUUUUCCUGUUGCCUGGCUAGUGACCCCCUACAGGAAGAUAACAGACACGCCGGGAGGGCGGAGCAGCUUGCUACACAUGUCUGGCUGCUCUUAUCAACUUAUCAUAUAAGGAAAGGAAAGUGAUUGAUUCGGAUCCUGACACCGCAGAAUCUGGGGGAAGAGAAACAAAGCAGCAUUAAGGCUGAUCUGUAGAGUGACUACAGCCCUCAGGAGUGAGCAGGGUUAUUUGUUCGGCUGCCAUCUGACAGUUCCCGGCAGCACCGACCCACCAGAGGGAAGACAGCACUCACGAUCAAGUUCCUGCUGGAAAAGGAGGGAAGAGACUCCCACCGAUGGUCCUUAAACCGUGGCCGCAGAGCCCCGCAUCUGAGAGGGCAGCUUAGGACGGGGAUUCCCAUGUGCCUUCGAGUUUGCUAAGCCGCUGGUUUAUUACCAAAAGAAAGGAAGAAUGUGGCAGAUUGUUUUCUUUACUUUGGGCUGUGAUCUUGUCCUAGCCGCAGCCUAUAACAACUUUCGGAGAAGCAUGGACAGCAUCGGGAGGAGGCAGUAUCAGGUUCAGCACGGAGCCUGCAGCUACACCUUCCUCCUGCCAGAGACAGACAACUGUCGCUCUUCCAGCUCCUACGUGCCCAACGCUGUGCAGAGGGACGCACCGCUAGAUUAUGAUGACUCGGUACAGAGGCUGCAAGUGCUGGAGAACAUCAUGGAAAACAACACUCAGUGGCUGAUGAAGCUUGAGAAUUACAUCCAGGACAACAUGAAGAGAGAAAUGGUAGAGAUGCAACAGAGCGCGGUGCAGAACCAGACCGCUGUGAUGAUAGAAAUAGGAACAAACCUCCUCAAUCAAACCGCGGCGCAAACCCGGAAGCUGACAGACGUGGAAGCACAAGUAUUAAAUCAGACAACAAGACUUGAACUUCAGCUUCUGGAACAUUCCCUUUCCACCAACAAAUUGGAAAAACAGAUUUUGGAUCAGACCAGUGAAAUAAACAAAUUGCAAGAUAAGAACAGUUUCUUAGAAAAGAAAGUACUAGACAUGGAAGACAAGCAUAUAGUUCAACUACGGUCAAUAAAAGAAGAGAAAGAUCAGCUCCAGGUGUUAGUAUCCAAGCAAAAUUCCAUCAUUGAAGAACUAGAAAAACAACUGGUGACCGCCACGGUGAAUAAUUCCGUUCUCCAGAAGCAGCAACACGAUCUGAUGGAGACAGUUCAUAAUUUAUUGACUAUGAUAUCAACGUCAAACUCAGCCAAGAACUCCUUCGAUGUUAAGGAAGAGCAAGUCAUUUUCAGAGACUGUGCAGAAGUGUUCAAGUCAGGACUGACAGCCAACGGCAUCUAUACACUCACAUUCCCUAAUUCCACAGAGGAGAUCAAGGCAUACUGCGACAUGGAAACCUCUGGAGGCGGGUGGACGGUCAUUCAGCGGCGUGAAGAUGGCAGUGUUGAUUUUCAGAAGACUUGGAAAGAAUAUAAAGUGGGAUUUGGGAACCCUUCUGGUGAACAUUGGCUGGGAAAUGAGUUCGUUUUCCAAGUCACCAAUCAACAGCCCUACGUGCUUAAAAUACACCUUAAAGACUGGGAGGGGAAUGAGGCAUACUCACUGUAUGAACAUUUCUAUCUCUCCGGUGAAGAACUUAAUUACAGGAUUCACCUUAAAGGACUUACAGGGACUGCCGGCAAAAUAAGCAGCAUAAGCCAACCAGGAAAUGAUUUUAGCACAAAGGAUGCAGACAACGACAAAUGUAUUUGCAAAUGUUCACAAAUGCUCACAGGAGGCUGGUGGUUUGAUGCAUGCGGCCCCUCCAACUUGAACGGAAUGUACUACCCACAGAAGCAGAACACAAAUAAGUUCAACGGUAUUAAGUGGUACUACUGGAAAGGCUCAGGCUACUCGCUCAAGGCCACAAGCAUGAUGAUCCGACCAGCGGAUUUCUAGACGCCUGCACACACCUGAGGAGCGGCGCCGAUUAUGCGACUUUUAGAGACCGAAGCCCAAAGCUCUAAUAGACAAGGCUGCGUUCGGCAUCCCCGUCCACCUCAGACAGGCCGCAUGCGCUCGGGGCCGCAG